AUGAAGCUCAACCCAGCCAAGUGCUCAUUCGGCGUCAGUUUCGGAAAAUUUCUAGGGUAUAUCGUGACCCACCGGGGCAUCGAAGCCAACCCAGAGCAGAUCAAGGCCAUCCACUCGAUUCCCUCUCCAAGAAACGUCAAAGAAGUUCAGAAGCUGACCGGUAGGAUGGCGGCUUUGAGCAGAUUCAUAUCCAGACUCUCCGACAAAUCCCAUGCCUUCUCUGAAACCCUAAAGAACCCAAAGGAUUUCAAGUGGACCGAGAAGUGUGAGUCGGCUCUCCACGAGCUCAAGGCCAACCUCACCACUCCUCCCCUCUUAUCUAAACCCUUGCUUGGUGAGGUCUUGCUAUUGUAUCUCGCGGUCUCAGAACAUGCAGUCAGCGCCGUCCUGUCCCGAGAAGAGGGAACUAAGCAGCUGCCAAUCUACUACGUGAGUAAAGCCCUCCUGGACGCGGAAACCCGCUAUAGCCAUCUGGAGAAAUUGGCCCUAGGCCUGAUGGCAGUCGUACUUGGGGAAUACGACGUGAUAUUCAGGCCAGCCACGGUGAUUAAAUCCCAGGUCCUAGCAGAUUUUGUAGCAGAAUUCUCUCCAGCUCUGCUCCCGGUUCUUGAACAUGAGAUACGUCUCCGGAACGGGAUAGAAGAAGAAGGAGAAUGUACCUUGCAUGUAGCCGGCUCCAGUAAUGUUCGAGGGGCAGGAGUAGGGAUCAUUCUCACGUCUCCAGCAGGGAACACGACCUCGAGAGCCGUAAGAUGUAACUUCAAGGCAACAAAUAACAAGAGCGAGUAUGAGGCCUUGAUCGCUGGAUUAUCGCUCGCCCACCAGCUGGGUGCAGAAAAUAUCGAAGUUUACAGUGACUCCCAACUAAUUAUCAAUCAAGCACAAGGAGAAUACCAGGCUAAGGAUGAUAGCAUGAUCUGGUAUCUGGCAGUCGCGCAGCGUCUCAUCAAGAUGUUCAAAAGCUGCAAACUCACUCAGAUUUCCAGAGAACAGAAUUCGCAAGCCGACGCUUUGGCUAACCUAGGGUCCGUCCUUGAGACGCAUACCCAGAUGAGUAUUCCUUUCCUGGUACUCCAAUGGCCGGCCACCCUAGUAGAGCCUUCGAACGAGGAGAUCUCCGCCAUUGAAGAGGAAGAAACAUGGAUGACUCCCUUAGUCUGGUAUCUGGAGGAUGACAUACUCCCAGAAGACCGCAAUGAGAGCAGGAAAAUUAUGAAGGAAGCCGCUAGAUACUGCCUCUCUCAGGGAAAGCUAUACCGCAGGUCUUUCUCUGGCCCAUACUUGAGAUGCCUCACACCCCGUGAAGCAGCUAGGAUCCUGGUGGAACUACACGAGGGAGAUUGUGGGUCUCACUCCAGCGGAAGAAGCUUAGUGUUGAGAGCUAAAAGCACGGGAUACUACUGGCCCACGAUGGCCGAGGAUGCCAAUCAAAACGCUAAGCUCUGUGACAAAUGCCAAAGACACGCUCCAGUUUCUAAACUACGUCCAGAGUAUCUCAAGUCCAUAAGCUCACCCUGGCCUUUCAGGAAAUGGGGCAUGGACAUAGUGGGGAAGUUUUCCAUGGCGCCAGGGCAGAAGGUCUUCCUCCUAAUAGUAACAGACUAUUUCUCGAAAUGGGUCGAAGCAGAAGCACUCAGCAAGAUAACCGACGUCCAAAUCAGAAAAUUCAUACGGACGCAUGUGAUCACGCGGUUCGGGGUUCCAGAGGAAAUUGUUACAGACAACGGCCCUCAGUUUACAAGCCAAUUUCAAGGAGUUCUGCAAAGACUGGGGCAUAAGGCUCUCCUUCGCUACACUUCGACACCCUCAAUCUAA